AAGCCCAGCGGUUUUUGAGUGGACCCCCGUAAUUGCCGAGGGUGGGACUAAUCCCGUAAGCCUGCAUAUUCCCAUCCGCCCAGCGCCUGGCAGGUAGAGCUGCGCCCCGCUCCGCUCCGGCUCAGAGACCCGACGGCCGGCCAGAGAGAACGACUCGUUACUGCAGUUCAUCCACUUUAUUGGGCGCCUGACAGACCACAAAAUGAGUUACUACGUGGAUCCAGUUUCCGCCUACCCUGCCGCUAACCCCUGUGACCGCUUGGCCUUGACGAGGCAGAGCGGGGGGGCGGACCUGGGCCAGCAAGGCCCCAUGAUCGCCGCCUGUCACCCGCAGCAGUAUCACCCCCUGCGGCCCGCCUACCCACAGGAAGUGACGCUACAGGAAGUGCCCAACGGACACGACUUCUGCCCUACAGGUGCGUGCUCUGGAGAGCUAGCGGCUGACAAGCUGACUGAACGAGUGCAGAUACGGCCCCAUCUUGAGUGCGGCGAUGUUCCUUUGCUCACCCCAGGGAGCAAGGAGAUGAUGUCCCAGGCUUUGAAAGCGACCUUCAGCGGCUUCACCAAGGAGCAGCAGCGUCUUGGAAUACCCAAAGACCCCUGGCAGUGGACAGAGAACAAUGUGCGCGAGUGGCUAAUGUGGAUCAUGAAUGAAUUCAGCCUAAAGAACGUGGACUUCCACAAGUUCUGCAUUAGCGGUGCCAGCCUGUGUGCCCUGGGAAAGGAGCGCUUCCUGGACCUGGCUCCAGAUUUCGUCGGGGACAUCCUUUGGGAGCAUUUAGAGAUGCUUCAAAAAGAUGUGAAGCAUUUUCCCAUCAACAGCCUAACCUCCUUCCAGGAAUCUCGCUAUACCUCAGAUUACUUUGUCAAUUAUGGCAGUGAGCACCCACAGUGCGUUCCCCCCUCAGAAUACUCGGAGCCUGGAUUCAUCACUGAGUCGUACCAGACGCUGCAUUCCAUCAGUUCCGAGGACCUGCUGACGCUCAAGUAUGAAAGCGAGUAUCCCAGUGUCAUCCUGCGGGAUGCCCCACUCAGCCAGCAGCCGGGGGAUUACGUGUCCAUCAAGCAGGAAGUCAUCUCCCCGGACAACAUGUGCGUGGGCCGUCUCAGUAGAGGGAAACUCGGCGGUCAGGACUCCUUCGAGAGCAUGGACAGCCUGGAGAGUUGUGACCGGCUGACACAGUCCUGGAGUAGCCAGUCGUCCUUUGGCAGCCUGCAGCGCGUGCCGUCGUACGACAGCUUCGAGGUGGUGGAGGAUUACCCCGCGGCGCUACACAAGCCCAAGGGGACCUUCAAGGACUACGUGAGGGAGCGGUCCGACCUCAACAAAGACAAGCCUGUCAUCCCUGCAGCCGCCCUCGCUGGUUACACAGGUAGCGGCCCCAUUCAGCUGUGGCAGUUUCUCCUGGAGCUCCUGACGGACAAGUCGUGCCAGACCUUCAUCAGCUGGACAGGAGACGGAUGGGAGUUCAAGCUUUCGGACCCGGACGAGGUGGCCCGGAGAUGGGGUAAGAGGAAAAACAAGCCCAAGAUGAACUACGAGAAGCUGAGCCGGGGUCUCCGCUACUACUAUGACAAGAACAUCAUCCACAAGACGUCGGGCAAGCGAUACGUCUACCGCUUCGUCUGCGACUUGAAGAGCCUGCUGGGAUACGCGCCCGAGGAGCUACACGCCAUGUUGGAUGUUAAGCCCGACACGGACGAGUGAGGAGGGGCUGGGAGGAUGUGCCGGGUGCGGGAGGGGGGUUAGAUCCCGGGUGCUAGAAGGAUUUAUGUGCAGACUGGAGGGCAUGCUGGGACCAAUCCAACGUCUUUUUUAACGCAUAGCUCCAGCCAGUUUUACUGUUUGGGCUCUUUGCGACAAUGACGUCGCGGAAAAGGGCCGGGGCGCUGUCGCGUACCUCGCCUUAGCCUCAUUCACCCAGGACCACGUGUAUGAAAACAAUAUUCGUACAUAUAUUUAUAGACAAAUAGAUUGUAGACACAUAUAAAUGCAUAUGCGUGUAAAUAAGAGAUUGCAUCGUGGCCCGAGGUAAACGGACAGCUAUCGGUUAAAAAAGACGACAAUUCUGCUUAAUAGCACAAGCAACUGACAUGGAAGGGAGCAGGAAAACAUGUGGAAGAUGGCGAGAUGGACAGGUCCGGGACGAAAAGGUUCCUGCCACGAUAACUGUUGCCAAAAUUUCAGAGGAACUAUAUAUGUGUAUAUGAUGUAUACAUACAGCCUCUCUGCCUCUCUGCACACAGAACAUGGGCAGAGCCCCAAGCCGAGAUCCAAAAAGUGUUUCAUUGUUGAUUUUUUAUUAUUAUUUUUUUUUUACUAGACGUUUGUGCCAGUAUUAUUUUUUUUUAACUCCUGUCUUGAUGAAUUCCAUGUUACGUAGGUGUCUGCUAGCAUUUUCCCCAGAAGAUCUUGUGUUUAUGGGGGUAGGAAAUUGUAAAAUUAUAAAUGUGUGUCGAUUCUGGGCUCCAGAUUAUGGAGGGAUAAUCUGACAAUUGAUUUUUGCUUCUGUCGACACUGACAUUUUCAUAUGUGUUGAAAACAUGCUUAGUCAUUUCAAGAGAGCCCACUUCCCAUAACUGAAAGUGGCCGUUUUGCCUCUUGACUGCAGCAGUUGCCUUCGUGUUGCACACACAUUCCCUCAGCGUUAAAACACAUGCACUCACACACACAGCACUGACUGCAAAGUAGCUUGUAGUCGUUUCCUUGUCGGCCUUUUCGACGCGAUCCACGCGCAUCCACAGGCUUUCCGGUUAUGUGAGGGUUGAAAGACUGUUGACGCGGGUCAGAGGUCUGGAGCUCCGUAUCACAGAAUAGCCCAGGUUAACAGCCUCAUCAUCUCGUACGGCUGCAAAACAAGGAUGGAGAAGCUCAUGUUUGUUAAUUCUUUUAUUUUGCUACCAGAGGUGUAAUUGUGCGGUGAAAUAGAGCGUAAUAUUCCUAAUUCCUAUUGAUUUUCAUCAUUUUAACAGCCGGCAGUUUUUUUUUUUUCCCAACAAAACAGUUGCUGAAAUCAGCAAAUGAUGUUGGAAAAAUAACCUGAAAAGUGACAAAUCUUAAAAGUCGAAGCAAAAGCGAAGGGGAACCCUGCUCGUUUAAUUGAAUCAGCCUUAAUUGAAUUGCGAGCCAUUUACUUGAGGUAUUUGUUACAGAGGAAGGACUGGGAACAUAGGUUGAAUGUACUGUAUUUCAGUGUGUAUUAGAAAUUCAAUAACCUUGGGAAAAGAAUAAGCGUCUCUCAUCUUACACUGAGUUAAGUUGCCUAAAGUCAUAAUGAGCGGGACUGGCCAUUGUAACCCAGGGGUUUUUACUGGAAUGAGAAGGUAAACAGACAGAAUGGGUUGAAAAGGGGACUGAAAAGAGCUGCUCUAUAUUUUGAGAGACUGUAGGCGUCAGGGGAGUCAGGGCGAAUUAUGAGGUAUUUGCUGGUCCGCUUCGCUUCAUAAAUAGGUGGAUGGAAAAGGGACCUAUGGUCUGGAUACAUGUUUGGGCAUUGGGGUCGUAAGGACUGGAUUUGGAGGAAUGAAAAUCCCCCCCCCACCCCUCUGUUUUGUUGUAGCUAGUCGAUUCCACUAAUAAGCGUUAAAGAGAAGCGGUAAGAAGGGACGCCAGCUAUGAGGACGGUUUUGAGGCGAAUGCAUCUUGGUCGAUGUCGAGGAAGUCACUAGCCAGUAUGAAGUACAAAGCAACAUUGUUUUAACUGAUCCAUGAGAGAUACGUCAUUUUUAUUUUUUUGGGCUAAACAUUAUUCUAUUGAGUUUGGAUGAUACAUUACUGACAUAUUUAUGUAUUAAUUCAAAGCAGUUGAAUUUAAGUGAGACGUUUCCAGACCUGGUUCCCCCCCCCACCUCCCCCCCCCCCGGAUAAAGUCAAAGAAAGACAUGUGAGGAUUCCGCCCAAUGAGAAUAUCACUGUAUGAGGACUGUAUGGGAAAAGCCAGUCUUAAAAUAUCAUCUUAAAAUAAAAAUGUUAUUGUUUACAAUGGCCGAAUGUCACUUGUGCUUAUAAUACCAUUGCAGUUGUCUGUUUGUACAGAUUAUAUUUCAUAUGAUCUAUUAGGAGGAGCUCAAUUGAAAAACAAACAAAACAGAUAAUGCUAGUAAUAGGGAACAAAAUGUACAUCCACUCUUUCAUAAACAGGGGCUGGAAUUUUGUACGUGAAAUGGUGUUUUUCCCGAUUUUAUCCAAAUAAAUGAUAGCCUUAAAUUUUCCUGCCAGACAAUCCAUUUAUACUUAUUGCCAUGGGUGAGAUUAAAAAGCUUUACUUCCACACUUACUGGUUGGAUCCGGUUGUGUUUUAUAAACUGGGGUGCUAUAUAGGAUGGGGGGGUCAGGAAUCUUUAGUGCUACCGCUGUUUGUAGAUGGAACCUGACAUCUUCUGUUCACACACAUGUUGCCGAACGUACACACCGAACCUCUGAAAACAAAAAAAGUUUGUCUGAUGUGAGCUACGAUAAACAUGCAGUCGUUUCAUUCCUUAUACGUUUUUGUUCAUUCUGUCAUUCCAAAGAAUGUGAGGCGCACUGGUGUGGAGGUUUGGCCUUCCGGAUAACUGCGUUCACUGUGCCAUUCACAGCUUUGGGCUGAUCACUUUCGUCUGAUGUCUUUUUACAGAAUCGUCUGCGUUAUAGGACGUAGCUUGUCUGGCUACAAAAUCUUAUCAGUGAGAAAAUCAUAUCGCGUACCCACAGUGUUAUGUAUAUUGUAAUCACGUGUUGCACGGAUCAUGUUAAAUGGACUUAAUUUUGACAUUUACAAAAACGCAUAAACACAAACACACACACACACUCACACACAGUCAUCCAGACACACACUUAUUACCUGUGGUAUUUAAAUGCAUACCACCUAGUAUUCCGUAAGGAAUUUUUGUCGUCGAUGUUACUGUUGUUCCCGUUUUUUGUAUAUUUUAUAGUGUUCCUGUAUUUUUAUGUUAUUGAGAUCUUUUUUAAAUAUUGUUUCACAAACAUUUGAAUAUUUUUCAAAUAAUUUAUAUUUUAUAAACUUUGAAAUAUAAGAUGCAGACAGCUGGUGCUUUAACAGGAAAUGAAGGUCGAGGUGAAACUAAAUAAAUGUAGCGAUUUUUUUUUUUCUUUUUUAUAUACAUAAAAAAAAAAAUGAACGAAAUAUUGAAGACCUGUCUGCAAAACAGUUACGUAAGAAAAGGCUGAUGCUGGCCCAUCAUUGAUUUCUGCUGGAAGGUUUUUAUAAACUGUAGCGUCUAUUCUUAUUGUACUAAAUUGUUAUGUUACAGAAAUAUAUGUGAGAAAAUGCUGAA